AUGAAAAGGCAUGAUAAAAUGACAACUACCCUGCUUGAAGCGGAGUGGAAGAUUGAGGAACUAAAGAAGAACAACAACCAGCUCGGCAAGAUUUUGUUUACUUUUGAAGACGAGGUUGCCAAAAUUUCAAAGAAGGUUAUAGAUCUUGGGGACGAGGUGACCGAUCUUUCUGGACAAUUUGCCCAGCUCUCUACUGCCUUGAAGUCUGCCGAAGGUGUUGAUACUGAGAUAGAUCUAGCUAAGGAUGUUAAUCCUUUAGCCACUGAAACUCUCGAAGCUACCACAAAAGUUGUUACUAAAGUUGCCUGGGAUAUUGGAGCUAUGGACAGUGGUAAGGAUCGAGAAGAAAGGACUAAGUGA